GAGCAGCAGCCUCAGGCACGGUGGAGAGAGAUCAGGACAGGGCAGAAGGCCGUCUCCAGAAAGCAGGUAUCUACGUGGCUUCCAGUCCCCAACCCCCACCCCUCGGAGCCACUGCCGGGAGAGGGGGGAGGUGGGCAAGGAGCAACCCUGGACCAGCGACUGUUCUGACGCACUAGCUGAGUUCUGGGCAUCCACCCUGCACUGGGCGGGGGCCGACCCCAAGGAUGCUCUGCUGCAGGCGACCAGACAGCAGUCUCAACCUAGGUGAGGAACAGCAGGCAUGUGAUAGCAAAGGCGGGCCCUGGCUUCUAGAUUCAGCCCCUUGAGUCCGCUUUCCAUAUCUCUAAGGAUACCUGGGCUGUGCUGCUUGUAGCCCAGCACCCUCCUCUCUGCUACAAUUUCCUCCGGAAUCUCACUGGGUGGAGACUGAGGCCAGGUUCUUGGCUCUUAGCAAAAUCCUCUCCAUUGGCCAUCGGUUGCAAACAUCUAGAUUGACUUCAGUGGGCUCGGUGGCAACACAGUCUAAACACAGGUGUCCUGGGACAGCAAUGGAUCUGCCUGUAAACUUGACCUCCUUUUCUCUCUCUACUCCCUCCUCUUUGGAACCUAACCGCAGCUUGGACACGGAAGUCUUGCGCCCUAGUCGUCCUUUUCUCUCAGCUUUCCGAGUGCUAGUCCUGACUUUGUUGGGCUUUCUAGCUGCAGCCACGUUCACUUGGAACCUGCUGGUGCUGGCUACCAUCCUCAAAGUACGCACCUUCCACCGAGUACCACACAACCUGGUAGCUUCCAUGGCCAUCUCGGAUGUGCUAGUGGCUGUGCUGGUUAUGCCACUGAGCCUGGUACAUGAAUUGUCUGGACGCCGCUGGCAGCUGGGCCGGCGUCUAUGCCAGCUGUGGAUCGCAUGUGACGUGCUCUGCUGUACUGCCAGCAUCUGGAAUGUGACAGCAAUAGCCCUGGACCGCUACUGGUCAAUCACGCGCCACCUGGAGUACACACUCCGUACCCGCAAGCGUGUCUCCAACGUGAUGAUCCUGCUCACCUGGGCGCUCUCCACUGUCAUCUCUCUGGCUCCGCUGCUAUUUGGCUGGGGAGAGACUUACUCUGAGCUCAGUGAGGAAUGCCAAGUCAGUCGCGAGCCUUCCUACACCGUGUUCUCUACGGUGGGUGCUUUCUACCUGCCGCUGUGUGUGGUGCUCUUUGUGUACUGGAAGAUUUACAGGGCUGCGAAGUUCCGCGUGGGCUCCAGGAAGACCAACAGCGUCUCCCCCGUACCCGAAGCUGUGGAGGUGAAGAAUGCUACACAACAUGCCCAGAUGGUGUUCACAGUCCGCCAUGCCACCGUCACCUUCCAGACAGAAGGGGACACAUGGAGGGAGCAGAAGGAGCAAAGGGCAGCCCUCAUGGUGGGCAUCCUCAUCGGAGUGUUCGUGCUCUGCUGGUUCCCUUUCUUCGUCACGGAGCUCAUCGGUCCCCUGUGCUCCUGGGACGUCCCUGCCAUCUGGAAGAGCAUCUUCCUGUGGUUGGGCUAUUCCAAUUCCUUCUUCAACCCGCUCAUCUACACAGCGUUCAACAGGAGCUACAGCAGUGCUUUUAAGGUCUUCUUCUCCAAGCAACAGUGAGAGGCCACGUGGGAGUGCCUUCUUCCCACAGCUUGUAGCUCAGUGGAUUAUCCUGUCCCAGGGACCACUGCAGUCUGCCCAGCUGUCUGGAGGACAAGAUCCGUCUGCCAAGGGCACCGGGUCACAUCAGAGCUCAGCUCACUUCAGUUCUAUGCCCAUGUGUUGGAAGUUGUAUUCACCUGAAGGCUCUGGUGGUUUAUGCCCCCAAUCUGGGCACUCCUCCUCACUCUGUACCAGCAGCCACGGACCUGGCCCACAAAGUGCCCAUUUCUCCUUCAACUCCACUCCAGCAGGGACAUGAGAAGUUUGAUUAGAACAGCAGGAGGGAGGAAGUGAGACAACUGGGGCAGGCAGAGAAAGGCAGAAAGAACAAGGCCAGUGGGGAUCACACACACCUGUAACCCAGGAGACCAAGGCAGGAGGAGCUCAACUUUGGAGCCAGCCUGGGCUACAUGGUAAGUUCAAAACCAGCCUGAGCUAUCUAACAACAUAUAUAGCAACAGCAAAUACACUGGGGAGACUGUUUGAAAAGCAGGAGCCCAUAAGGGUAAACUUUCCAGAACAGCUCUCAUUUCAGAGUUCUGCUCUGUGGUCCUGGAGUGUAUGUCCCAAUAUGGGGUCCUUCCUAAUAUUUGAUCACAAAUUCUGUCCCCAAACAUAUCAAAGCACCAGCCCAUUUGUGAUGACAGUAAUCCCUGUCUUUACCAUUUGUUCAUUAUAUACACAAAGUCCCCCUCUGUCUGUCUGUCUCUCUGUCUGUCUCUUCCUUUCUGUCUCUCUGUCUCUCUGUCUCUGUCUCUGUCUCUGUCCCUGUCUCUCUCUCUCUCUCUCUCUCUCUCUCUUUCUAGAAAAGGACAGUUUCCAGUUAAAAUCAACAUAGUCCAUCAACUAUAAAAGCAAAAUAUUUCCUUCCGGUUUGAAACGAUUGCUCAUGAAAAAUAGAAAAGUCUACCAAUUUCACAGAAUUUGUCAAAAUAAUUUAUUUACUAUGCAUUUUCCUUGGUCUAGUAUCUUUAAAUGUUUCUAGCCUUAGUGUUUCUUUCCUAAAUACUAAAAUUUGAGGCUAACAAUAGCCAUGACCUAUUUAUUUUUUAAAUACAGUUUCACAGUUGGUGACUAUAAGGACCUGACGAUCAGACACAUGAGGUGAACAGGAGUGCUGGCCACUUUACAGUGAUGCUUUUGCUGGUAUAUGAACCUGACCAGAUAGGCAGACAAGGGUCAAGUGAUGCCACUAUCAAGUUGGCAGUGUAACUGGUGAGUCAAGACAGGCUAGGAAAAACACAGUGUUUAUGCGGUCACAGAAAACCUUGGGCACAUUCUUACCUCCAAGGGUAUCCCAAGGGAACUCUGAGAACACUAUCAAAAGAGCCAAGGAGGGAAAGAAGAGCCAGUCACCUUUCACGAACCCUGUCUGUGCUGACUUCUCCCAUAAACUGAAGAUAGAGCCAUCCGAAUCUACAGGGCCGUGGACAACUCUUAGCAUGUGGUUCUAGCAAAAUCCUGAGGGAGCAAAAGCACCCACACUUCAGAUCCCAGCAGCGAGGAGAACUGGGUUGCUUUUACAGCCAUCCCGGGGCUUUGCUGAAGAACCCCCAUCCAGCAAGUGGGCUCUCAGCACACCCAGAUGAUGCUGCCAUUGUGGAGAGUUGGGAUGUGCCUUCAGUUGGCUGGAAGUGUGAUGUGACUUCAUCCUUAUGAGUUUUUAACUAUCUGUUCAUUUAUGUAUGUUUGACACAGGGCUGUACUAAGUAGCCCUGGCUGUCCUGGAACCUACUGUGUAGACCAGGCUGAUCUCAAACUCACAGAAACCUUCCUGCCUCUACCUCUGCCUCUGUUUCCUGAACGCUGGAAAAGUAUGUAUUACCACACUGAGACCAAGAAGAUUUUUAGAUAAAAACUCUCCAGUACUCUGAGUUCCUUUGUCUUGGAGCAGUGGUCUAGACUAGACACACACCCUGCACUGGAGACUGGCCUGAGCCAGGCUGGAAAGUGAACAGAAAGAAGGACUCACGUGCCCAUGACUGUCAUGACUGUUCUCAUAACAAGGUUUCAUUAAUGGUUUCAACAAGAGCUUUUUCUCUUUCUUUUUUGGCCUUGGUGUUUUUGUUGAGUCUGAGUCCCAGGAAAAUGAUGCACAUUGAAUGUUCUAACUGCAAACUCUGCACUGUCUGUCUGUCCUUUACUGCCUAUACUCAGCCUGGAGGCCUCAUGACGAUGAGCCUCUAGACCCAGGGAUGCUCCUCUGUGGCAGCAGUAGAGGGACUGCCCACGCCGGCAUGCCGAGUGCACUUAGUUCAUCCUUGCCACCUGAAGGGUCCUGACCGACAGACACCACUUUUAUCACCACAUGGGACCAUUCGCCCAUAUCACCUCAAUUUAAAACAAACAGCUUACCUGUCAUUCGAAACAUCUAUAAACUCUUGGGCAAUAAAACUCCAUUGUAUUCCAUGUCCCUGAUUUCACAAAUGCACAAUCAAACUAUAUAAUAAUAUAUAUAUAAUCUGAGGGCACAGACACUAUAUUGUAUAUAAUAAAUCGUACCCAUCCACAUCCCAAAAUAGAAAAUUUGUGAUGAUUUCUUUGUGGUUUUGACAUGAGGUUAUCUUGAAUUUCCUGCAAAGACAAUCUUUACACUAGAGUAUGAACUGAUGAAAGGAGUUAGACAGCCAGCUUCAUGACUGUGGACAUGUUUCAUGUGGGUUCCUGUCUGUGCAUGAAAGCAAUGCACUGGAGAACUUACUUGGGAUUUCCUUAGAUUUUUAUUUUGCUUCCAUGUAUUUCUUAGUUCACAUACUAGACUCAUAAAUACUUUAAAAUAUAGACUCACUUACUUCCUCAUAUUUCCUGUCCCCAGGAUCACUGGGACCCAGGGGGAUCAGUUGGCUUUCAGUGUUAUAAUGAGGAUGUGUUUGUUGAGUGCCCACAAGGGAAGGAAUGGACACUACAUAUGGAGUCCAGUGUAAACUGUACCAUGUCUGUCUAUCUGAAAUUUCUGGAGGGGUUUCUCACCCAGUCCCAUACUUCAAUAUUUACCUGUUUUUCCUUAAAGGUUUAUUUGAAGCUAAAAUGACAGCUCCAUGGCUAUGAGCACAUCCUACUCUUGCAGAUGAUCUGGAUUCUAUCUAUCCUCAGCACCACAUUAGGCAGCUCAUAACCACAUGUAACACCAUCUCUAGGGGAUCUGAUAUCUCUGGCCUGAACAGCUGCCUACAGGCAUGCACACAUGUGAAAGCCUACACACAUGUACAUAUAAUUUUAAAAUAAUAAAUACAGUGAUUUUUUUUAACCUCUAGUUUUUAUUUUAUUUGUAUGAUUGUCUACAUGUACAUGAAUUAUGUACUUGCAGUACUUGUGAAAUCCAGAAGAGGGCACCAAAUCCCCUGGAACUCUACAGCUAUUUGUGAGCCACCAUGUAGUUGAUGGGAAUUGAACUCAGGUCCUCUGGAAGAGGAGCCAGUGCUGUUACACACAGCCAUGUCUCCAGGCCCAGAUAAAAAUUUUUUAAGGUCCAUUUCCUUUGAACUUUUCAUUAAGACUGAGGGAGAAGAGUAAGUUUGCGCUCCUCAGUGCCCCAUGAUUCUGGUCACGCUAAUCAGAGAGAUACUAUAAUCAAACUGACUAAAUCUCUGUUAUUAUAAUAUAUAACUGUAUACAAUAAUAUUAACUAAAUUACUAAAUAUACUAGAUUACUAAAUAUAGUAAUUAUUCCUAUUUUCAUAAGAUGAACUCAUACAUUACCAUUCAUAUGUAUUUAGCAUCUCCUGGACAACAUUUAAAUCAUAUACUCUGCAAACAUUACCUAGAGCAUGGAACACCUGAUGCACAAGGAUUAAAUAGCAAUUAAUUAUUGCACUUCCAUCUCAAUGCAAAGAUAUAUUGAUAAAAAACAUUAUAAGAUGCAAAUGUGGAUUUGUGUUUCUAGUGUGCAAUUCAAAUAUUUGUGGGAUGCUUUCUAUUAUUCUUUAAACUAUUUUUUAAAUUA